AUGCCCGUGAUACUUUUCCUGAUAGACACGUCUGCCUCUAUGAACCAGCGCUCCCAUCUGGGCACUACCUAUCUGGAUAUAGCCAAAGGUGCCGUUGAGACUUUCCUGAAGCUCCGGAGCAGAGACCCGGCGAGCAGAGGAGACCGAUACAUGUUGGUGUCUUUCGAGGAAGCUCCUGCUGGAAUCAAGGCCGGAUGGAAAGACAGCCAUGCCACGUUCAUGACGGAGCUGAAGAACCUGCUGGCCGUCGGUCUCACCACGUUCGGCCAGUCUUUAAGGACCGCUUUCGAUUUGCUCAACCUCAACCGAUUAGUGUCGGGGAUAGACAACUAUGGACAGGGCAGAAACCCAUUCUUCUUGGAGCCUGCCAUCAUCGUUGCAAUUACUGAUGGCAGCAAGCUGACCAGCACUUCUGGGGUGCAGGAUGAGCUCCAUUUGCCCUUGACGACACCAUUGCCAGGCAGUGAGCUGACAAAGGAGCCGUUCCGCUGGGACCAGCGCCUUUUCUCAUUGGUUCUACGCAUUCCAGGCCAUGCCUCUCUAGAGCCGGAGCCACUAGGCGGCGUCCCGCCUGAUGCAUCCCCGGUCACGCCCAUGUGUGAGGUCACAGGAGGCCGCUCAUACAGUGUGUUUUCCCAGCGGAUGCUGAACCAGUGUCUGGAGUCUCUUGUGCAGAAGAUUCAGAGUGGGGUGGUCAUAAACUUCGAGAAGACUGGACCAGACCCAGCUGAGGAUGGUCCAGUGGAGGUGAAGUGUGGACCUCAGCCAUGGCACAGCUGUCAUAAGCUAAUCUAUGUCCGACCAAACCCUAAAACGGGCGUCCCCGUUGGCCACUGGCCCAUUCCGGAGUCCUUCUGGCCUGACCAGAACUCUCCUACUCUGCCUCCGCGUAUGGCCCAUCCUCAGGUGCGGUUCUCUUGUGUGGACUCAGAACCUAUGGUGGUGGAUAAGGUUCCGUUUGACAAAUAUGAGCUGGAGCCAUCGCCCCUCACGCAAUACAUACUGGAGAGGAAGUCUCCACACACCUGCUGGCAGGUGUUCGUGAGUAACAGUGCUAAAUACGGCGACCUCGGGCAGCCCUUCGGCUACUUGAAGGCAAGCACUGCUCUCAACUGCGUCAACCUGUUUGUUAUGCCCUACAACUACCCUGUAGUGCUGCCCCUCCUUGAUGACUUGAUUAGAGUGCACAAAUUCAAGCCCACAGUGAAAUGGCGCCAGUCCUUCGAGACCUACCUGAAGACCAUGCCCCCAUACUUCAUCACGCCGUUGAGGAAGGCACUGCGAAUGAUGGGGGCUCCAAACCUGCUGGCGGAGAAUAUGGAGUACGGAUUGAGCUACAGCGUGGUGUCCUACCUCAAGAAGCUCAGCCAACAGGCGAAGGUGGAAGCGGAUCGAGUGUGCGCGUUGGUCGGGAAGAAGCCAGGACCGGAAGGUGGGAGUAAACUCCGAUCCAGAGGCUCUGCGUUCUCAUUGGCUCAUAGGAAAGAUUUUGCGCAACUGCUGCAGAGCAUCACUGGGGACGGGCCAGCUCUGCCGCUCGAGUCUAACCCUAAAGAGUUCUCAGGGUUCCAGCUUGCUGUUCUCAACAAGGCCCUGAAGCCGCAGGGAUUGCGAAACCCAUAUGAUAUACCAAGAGAGCACCUGUUAGACCAACUGAGCCGCAUGAGGCGGAACCUUGUAAAUGCCGGUGUGUGCGUCCUCAGGGGCCAGGAUCAAGAUCAGCUGCACAGUGUGCCUAUAGCGCAGAUGGGGAACUAUCAGGACUUCCUAAAACAGUGCCCCGCCCCCUUGCGGGAAGCAGAUCCAGAUCAGCCAAAACGGCUGCACACCUUCGGCAACCCCUUCAAACUGGAUAAGAAGGCAAUGAUGGUUGACGAGGCAGACGAGUUUGUGACGGGCACUCAGGGGAAAGGGAAGCGCCCUGGUGAGCCCAGUUCUCCAGCUGGAGGAGGAGCCCCCAAACGCAGGAGAUGCAUGUCCCCGCUUCUGCGUCCUGGACGAGCAUACACGCCACCGAAUAAAACGCCGCCUAGAGUUCCAGAUAACCUCUCCUCAGUAGAGAACCAUGUUGGCCAUCUUGAGGCAGACCGCACCCCAGACACAGAACCCUCUCCUGGACCAGAGUCGGCAGCAUCGUCCCCUCACCUGCCAAAAAACCACUUGGACGUGGAUGAAGAGGAGCAGCCGCAGGAGCCCACGCGGGAGAAUGGACAGUCCAACGAAGAGGAGCCAUCAGUGGGAGGAGAGGAAGACGAGCAAGUCGCCCCGCGCUACCCGUCCCCUAACCAGCUGAAGAAGAUGAGAAAAGAGGAAGGCCAGGAGCUGAACACGGAGCUCCGCGUUCUCAUCACCAAGGAGAUCAGGAAACCAGGCAGGCGUUAUGAGAAAAUCUUCUACCUCCUGAAGCAGAUCCAGGGGAGUCUAGAGACACGACUUAUCUUCUUACAGAACAUCAUCAAAGAGGCAGCCAGGUUUAAAAAGAGAGUUUUGAUCGAACAACUGGAGAACUUUCUAGAAGAGAUCCACUUACGAGCAAACAGUAUGAACCAUCUGGAUGGCUUCUGACCUUCCUGCUCUGGAUGCGAGGCAGUUGAACAUGCUCCAAGUAUGUGGAAACGUGGAUGUGAGUGUGCUGCCUCCGUACUGAAACGGAAUGCGUGGAUAGAGGAAACGGGAGUUAACGCACUGCAUUAGUCAACCUCAGGGCAAGGGCAAAGUGGAAUAUUAUUCCUGGGUUCUCUUACUCCUUUUUUUUAAACCUUAUAACUCUCAUCUGUCCUUUUUUGUCCAUCUUAAUCCCUGUUGUCCUCCUCACCCUGCUGUUUUCUUUCUUCUAUGCCAAAGAGAGAUUUUCUCCAGCCUUUGCUUAACAAUAAUCCGCUACCAACCAAUGACAUUUCGCUCAGUAUUUGCCACCAAGAGGAAGUCUUGUCCUUUUUGCAUCUGAAAUCAGACUCUAAACAGUCACUGCCUAUUCCCGGUCUCCGCUGUAGUCUGGAUGGACGAGUUUAAAGGCUAAAUUUGUCUGUCAUAGUGGACAGUUAGUCAUUCGUUAGAGUUGGGCAGAAGUCUGUAUUGAUCUAGCGAGUGAUGACAUGCUUGGUUUAGGGAGGUCAGUGUUAUGCACUUCAAAAACUGAGCGCAGUAGCAAAUUCCAAUAUUUUUACCUCUUAUUAAUUUCUAACAAUUGAUUUCGCUCAAAUGAAUUUUGCGAGUUAACACUGAACUGAAAUCCUCCGACACAACAUUCAAAUGUUUACGGAAUGUAAACUGACAAGCUAACCUGUGUAAAUGGAGAACAUUCUAGAACCGUGUGAUUGAGGGAUGAAUGUUCUUGAACGGGAGGUUGUUUGAGAACAGUGCAAAUGAGGGAGAACCUUCUAGAACAGUGCGAAUGAAGGAGAAUGUUCCAGAGCAGUAUGAACGCGGCUCCUUUAUCCACAGUGUUGUAGAAAGAUCUGCCACGUUCACGCUGCUCUUGCACACUUGAAGGGUUCUAGAACAGUGUUAGUGGGGGAGAUCGUUACAGAAUACAGUGAAUCGGAAAGCCGGAACUGUGAAGGAGAAUGUUGUGCAAGGUGCUCCUUAGUUCGUCCUUUUCUAGAAAGUUCUCCCUCAUCCACACUGCUCUUGCACACUGUACGGGUUCCAGAAGAAGUGUUAAAUUUAUAUAAAGGGGAGAGCAAGAAUGAAUGAAGCAUGAAUGUGGGGAGAAUGUUCUAGACGACCAUGAUCGGGAGGCAAAUGCAUUCUAACGGUGUGACCUAGGGGAGAACGUUCUUGAAUGGUGUGAAUGAGGGAGAACUCUCUAGAGACAGAUCACACACGGAGGUCCAGCCCACCAGCCCAGCAAUUAGUUGUUAAUUGUUGGUGUUGUUUGGGGACUUUGAUGUUCUCUGGGCUUAAAGGUACCACAAUUUCUGAAGGACCAUAAUUCGGUACAGUAUCUUCCCUGUUGCACCGGAAGGUCUCAGUGAUGAGCUGAUGAAUUGGAUGCACUACAUCAAACUCCCAGCCAUUCAAGUCCCUCAUCUUGCCUUAAAUAAAUAAUUAACGUGUGACACAGCGCUGAUCUGUACGGUACGGUGAAUUUGAGGCCCAUGGCCCUGCUCUGGGACAAGAUUCCUCUAAAAACAGACUGGACAAGGAAAGGUGUUUUUCCUGCAGGACACUGGAUAAAAUGUAAUAGACUUGAUUGGAUUGUCAAAGGACAAGACUUCAGUCAGGUUUGCUACCAUUUUAACACCCAUUCAUUCUUUAGUGAGCAUCAUACUGUAGCGACUUCGAGGCAAGGCGUUCUGCCCAAGGACAGGACUCCCUAGCAAGAUUUCUCAGACGUGGAUUAGACCUGAUCUUGGCCUGUGUUGUAAGGACAAUGCUGUUUAGUCUACAUUAAGGCUUAAUCUGAGUCUACCUUUCAUACCUGCCGUCUUUAAAUCCUUGCUCGUCCUCACCGAUGCUUGUGCUUCUCACGUCCUCACCAAUCUCUCUCUCCUCUCGACCCACCACAGGGACCAAAUGUUUGCCAUAUACUACUAUCUGUACGUUUUGAGGCUCUUUAAAACGAUAUUUUGAGUACAUUGUACAAAUGUAAAUAAUCAAAUUGAAAGUAUUAUUUAAAGGAUGUUUCUUGCAAAAGCCUUUUUUUGUAAGUAUUUGAAUGAAUAAAGUUUCUAUUUUACACUGUGAAUAGCCAUUCAAAUAAACAUUUUUGCUGUAAAGAA